AUCAGUAUGGAAUUAUGAAAAUUAAAGGAAGUUGAUUUUCACUUAGUUUCAAUAUAUAUUUUAUAUUUGGACAGCUGACGAUAUUUUGACAAAAUUACUUUGGAAAUCAAUGUGGUGGAAAGAAUAUUUUUGGGCAAAAUAAUAAUUCAGGACAAUUGAUCAUUACUAGUCACACACACACACACAAAUGAAGAACUAAUUCAAUGAAACAAACUAGUAGUAAUGAUUAUUGGACAAAUUCAAGGUGUUCAGUUAUUCCGUACAUUGAGCAAUGAACUAAUUUUAUGUUUUACACUUUUCUAUUUAAUAAUUUUCAUGCUCUGUAUAAAAUUUAAAAGCAAACAUCGUAGUUUAUCGUUGAAUAAAGUGAAAACAGUUCAGCAGCUGAAACACAAUGAUCAUGAUAAAUUUACUAUUAAUCAGUCAAAACAAUUUAUCACUAAUGCAAUGGAGGAUAGGGAAAAUCGAAAAUAUUCAAUACCAAACAGCGGAAAUUCAAACUAUGCGGAAACUUAUGAAUCCAAUCAAAAUCAAACCAAUUCUGUACGACCGAAACAGUUGACAUCAUUACAUCACAGUCAACUUUCUAACGGGAAUAUUUUAUCCACUAACAAGUCAAACUAUUCAUAUGCAGCACAGCAUCACUGUAAUCAAAUUUCAAUUAAAAACACAUUAACAACGACUAUUAAUUUCAAUGAAAAACAACAUUUAUCAAGGGCGAAAUCAUUUUCAUUUACUGUUUGGUUUAUCAAAAUGACACGAAAAUUACUACAUUGGAAAAAUACUUUCAACAACAAUGUCAACUUAUCAACUUAUCAAAACAACAAUUGUACACAUACAAUUCUUAUCAAUGAUGAAAUCUCUCUUCCUAAUCAAAAUUCAGCCAAAAUCAAUGCCAUUCAAAAUGAAAAUCUCUGCAAAUCAACAAUACAAAACAAUUCCAUGGAUGAGAAAGAGAAUUUGAAAUUAAAUAUAUUGUACAUUAAACAAAAAGCUAAUAGUUGGAAAGAACCAAGUAGAAAAGUUAAACUUAACCACAAUUAUCAUCCUAUUUGGACUGAUACAAAAAGUGUAGCGCAGUCAUAUUCAAAUUCCAAUACACGCUGUUGUUUAUCAUCAUACAGACAAUUUGAAUCACAAAGUGAUUUAUUCGAUCCAGUCUAUUCAAUUAUUCAAUAUCCUGUGGAAGAUACACUCCGGUCAACACAUUCCUCAUCCUCAUGCAAUUAUUCAUCGGUGUCAAUGCAUCAACCAUAUGCUAAAGAUUGCUUUCUAGGUAAAAAUAAUAUCUGGACAAGUCAGGAUUCCAUUGUCUCCGAUGCACAUGUCUAUUGUGAAUUAAUCAAAUUGAGAUCGGAUAAAAGUCACCAACCAAUCAAUAAAAAAGUUGAUUAUCGAUCAUUGAAUAAAAACUAUUCUACAUGUAGUUUAUAUUCAUAUGAUAAUCAAUGUUUUUUUCAAGAUGUCAUCUCUGAUCAAUAUUCAACACAUUCAGUGGUUAAAAUGAAACAUUCGAAUGAACCGCCAAAAUUACCAGUUCGAACUUAUGGAGAAAGUACGUUGAAUUUAGUGGCUAAUUUACGUUUAUGGACAAUGCGAAAUAAAGAGAUCCAUUUAAAAAAUUUACGUAUUAUGAAUAAAUUACGCAAACCUAUACAUUCAAUGUUAGAUAUGAAUUGGCGCUUAGAUAACAAACAAAACGGUCAUGAGUUUUUGUUACGCAAAAUUAAAAAUUAUUCUGAUCAAACAUCAUUAAAAAAAACACCAUUGGGACGAUAUCAUAAACGUCAUUAUUUUGGUAAAAGAGAUUUUGUCGAAACGCCUAUCGAUUAUAAUGAAUUAAUACGGAAACAUUUAACUCUUGGUAAUACAAGUUCAUUGCUUUCGGAAUCUGAUGUCAUUUCAUUGGAGAAUCUCAAUUCACCGAAUUUUCGUGGCAGUUCACAAUAUCGAAGAGAUCAUCCUAAUCAAUGGAAUGAAACAACAAUUUCAGGCUGUCAUUCAAAUGAAGCUUUUUGUUUAGAAUCAUGUGAUCAGUACACAAAACAAUCGACCAACUUUAACGAUAUAUGCAAUAAUUUGAGACAUAUCGAUAGUGAAUCUGAUAUUACAGAAUCUUCACCGUAUAGAACCAAAUCUCCAGGAAGUAAACACUUCACAUUGAACAACAACUCCUCAUAUUAUUUACAACGAACAUCAACAUCCUUCACACCAUUAUGUCACAUAUACAUUCCAACUCAUUGUAAACCAACUCAAACUCAACAAUCUAAUAGAAAUGUCAAUUCAUUUACACAUGAUAUCAACUCAAAAUGCCAUGAAAUUUAUCAUCAUACACUUAAUCAAAUGAAUACUGAAGACAUUCCCUAUUCUUCAUUGUCAAUGCCACCACUGAUGGAACGUUCCAUGGAGGAUGAUGAAUGUCAUUUAUACAAAUAA